GAGGAGAGACGGCGCGAUAACAGUGUUUGCCCUUCUUGGACUCAGUUUUGUGACCGGCUGACGGACGAAGAAACUUGAGGCAAUCCCACCGACAUCCUGAGGGUGUUCAACCCUCGGCGGGAAACUGAAUGAGACACUUGACGAGAGGAGUGGAGGGAAAAAAAGCAGCGGAGAGAAACUUGGUGAGAUAGAGGGAGAUAUCAGGCAGCUGGAAAAAAAAACAAAAAGGAGAGGAGUGACUGACACCUGCCCUCCAGCUCGGUGUGAAGGGCAUAUAAUGGGAGAGUGAGAGGAAGGGCAUGAGGAGAGGGAAAGGAGAGGAGAGAAUGAAGACAACCGGAAAACAAGGCCUGCCUCAAAGCAAACCUGUCUCCAAUUAGGACAUCUCACCACAAGACAAGAUGAUUACGAGAAAUUUUCUCUUCUUGGUGUCCUUGUGUCUGUGGGAGGGGCUUGCGAGAGGUGCCUCAGCCAGUAAAAUUUUACGGAGGAGAGGAGUGGGCGGAUCGCACGUGGUGAAGCUGGGGGAGAGCCGUUCUAUGGACGCGAACGUGGAUUCGAAUGCAAUGCCCGUGGUUACUCUUCGAAACCUGAUUAGCCACGAGCAGGCGAGCGACGCCAGAUCUUUUUCUUACUCCAAGAUGUUGCAGAAUCAUCCUGCCCCAUCUGUAGCUAAUAAGGAGAGACAAACUUUCAAGCCCAAGCGCGAGGUUGACUCUGUGGCCCCGCGCACAUUGGCCGCUAGCAAGGAGUUUACCCAGGAUGGGAAGAAAGUCAAAAACAACACCAAGAAUGCUGACUCUUCCAAAACAGGGAGGUCAGAGAAAACUUUCACAGUUCAUCAUAAGCCAGAUAUUCACUCUAAUAAAACCAAGUUUAAAUCUGGCUCCAGGUCCAAAGGCAGGCCUGAUUUCAGCGUCCAUACUACGGGCGUGCCAGGGAAAGGUUUCAGCAUAGACUCGAGCCGAAAGCUGAACCUCACUGGCAGUUACGGGGUGCUGAAGCUGCUCUCAAAAGACAACCUGGUUAGGAUUGUCAAUUCCCAAAUGCAGAGCGUUCCCAGCUUGAGCUUUCCGAGCAAGGGCAGUCGGAGCAGGAAGCGAGAUUUGAUUGACGUUAAUCACGGACAGCUAGAGCCUCAGAAAGUGCCGAGACAAGAUAUAGCUGUCACUCAGUCUCAUGUGGGAUAUGAUAAUCAGACUGCAUUUCCUUAUGCCAGCCCAGUCGCCACUACAGAUCUUAAUCGGGACCGGGGCCCUGACACUCGUAUUAAUCCGCUAAGUGAAGUCAAGCCAGCUUUAAGUAAAGGGCAGGACAACUUGGGAAAACAGGGUUCAGAUAGCGGCGAUAGCAAGAGCAAACACUUUGCUCGUUUCCUGUCAACACCUCGCAGCGAGGUCAGUUUGAGCCCUGAGAAGGAAGUAAUGAUCAGCCAAACAGAACGGCCAUUCACAUCGACAAAACAUCUCCCGCUGUACGUUCCCUCUGAAACAAAUGAGUCUCCUCCGUCUGUGCUGACAAUGCAACCCCUGGGAGUGAGACCGGGGAACAGAGCAGCAGAGUCCCGUGGAGACCCAUUAACAGAGUCAGCUCACACUGCUCAAACAGAUCUCAGCACAGCUCAGUACUCCGCAGAUGAAGACAACAAACUUGUCAACAGCAGUCAUGUCCUGAGGCUCCACCCUGCUCACGAAUGGAGCCGCGUCGGGGAAGACGCCAAGAUGCACGGCGCGGAUCCCAAAAACGCAAAGGGCCUCGUAUUUGAAGAAGCAGAGUCAGAGGUGGAAGAGGAGGAGCGCGAUCGCAUGGAGGUGAAGGGGUCACGGUCUCGCAGCAGGAGGAGCUGGAUCUGGAACCAGUUCUUUGUGAUUGAAGAAUACGCCGGGCCGGAACCUGUGCUCAUUGGCCGGCUCCACACUGACAUGGACAGGAAUGAUGGACGCACAAAGUAUGUCCUGCGAGGCGAAGGGGCAGGCUCGGUCUUCGUGAUAGACGAGAAAACGGGUAACAUCCAUGUCACCAAGCCGCUGGACCGUGAGGAGAAGGACGAGUAUCGUCUCAUCGCCACGGCCACCGACAGGCAGACCGACCGUGCUCUGGAGCCCUCGUCACAGUUCAUAAUUCGGGUGCAGGACAUCAACGACAACCCGCCUGUCUUUGAUGAAGGCCCCUACAGCGCCACCGUACCUGAGAUGGCAAAUAUAGGCACGUCUAUAAUCCAGGUGACGGCGACAGAUGCUGAUGACCCGACGUAUGGGAACAGCGCCAAGCUCGUGUACACACUGGUGCAGGGCCAGCAGUACUUCUCUGUCGAUCCCCAGACAGGUAUUCUACGAACAGCUGUACCCGAUAUGGACAGGGAGACCCAGGACCAGUACCUGGUGGUGCUUCAGGCUAAAGACAUGGGGGGGCACCUAGGAGGAUUAUCUGGGACCACCACUGUAACCGUCAGGCUUACCGAUGUUAAUGACAACCCACCACGCUUCACACAGAGUAUGUGGUCCUUCUCCGUUUCCGAGCUGGCCAUCCCGGGCGCUGAGAUAGGACGCAUCUCCGCAAUGGAUGCUGACCUGGGUGAGAACGCCAAGCUGGAAUAUACCAUCCUGGAGGGGGAGAGCGGGGACACGUUCAAUAUCACCGGACUGAACCAAGAGGCGGUCAUCACGCUCAACAAGGCCGUAGACUAUGAGAGUCGGAGCUCCUAUUCCUUCUCUGUUGAGGUCCUUAACCCGAUAGUGGACCCCCGCUUCCUACGUCGAGGCCCCUUUAAAGAUCGGGCUUCAAUCCGAGUUGCAGUCCUGGAUGCGGACGAGCCACCGAGGUUCUCUCGGGCCAGAUAUCACAUGGAUGUUUCAGAGAACUGCCCGCCGGCCUGCACAGUGGGCCGAGUCAGUGCAGUAGACCCCGAUACUGGUCUGACCAAUAAUAUCAGGUUCUCCAUUGAUCCUCAGUCAGACCCAGAGGCUCUGUUUCGUAUCACACCAGAGACCGGUCUCAUCACCACAGCGAUGGAGCUGGACCGGGAGCGUGAGCACUGGCACAACAUUACAGUCAUCGCCACCCAGAGAGACAAUCCCAGCCAAGUCUCCAGAGUUCUAGUUGCAAUAGAGACCUUAGAUCUGAAUGACAAUGCACCUGAGCUGGACAGGCAGUACAACACAGCCAUGUGUGACUCCUCCUCCAUCGGACAGGUGGUGCAGGUGUUGCGGGCGAUUGAUAGAGAUGAGGGUGGGAAUGACAGCACCGUGUAUUUCAGCAUCCCUCCAGAGUCCAGCACUACCCUCAACUUCAGCGUCAGGGACAGCGGUGGCCCCACAGCCAGCUUGGUGUUGCUGUCCCAGAUCCAGCCACUGUCCCGUUCCUCAUCCUCCACCUUGACCCUCUACGUGCCGCUCGUCCUGAGGGAUGGGACGUCUGGCCUCACCAGCACUGGGACGGUCACUGUGUCCGUCUGUCCCUGCCUGAAAGGAGGGGCACGAGCUGGGGAGAAAGACAAGGACAAACAGACCGAGGGCGAAUGGGACUGGGAGAAAGAAGCGGUGUGUCUUCCUCAGCAGUCCACACUGCCCUCCCCUGGGCUCAGUACAGCUGCCUUGCUGGCUAUCCUGGCUUGUGUUGCUACAUUACUGGCGGUGAGUGCCCUGUCAUUGUCGCUGCGGCGUCAGAAGCGCGACUCGCUGUCACCGCUGGAGGAGGACGACGUACGCGAGAACAUCAUAACGUAUGACGACGAGGGCGGAGGCGAGGCCGACACAGCUGCCUUCGACAUUGCCGCCCUGCAGAGUGCCCCGCACAGCUCGCGCUCACGCGGCUAUCGCACGCUGGACAGCAGGAACGUUCGUUACUCACAUCGUGCUCAAGACAAAUCUCGCACUUAUAGCUGGGCUCAGAAUCCAGGUGUGGAUCACAACUACUCAGGACCAGCAGGACCCCUUUACGGUCGUCUCUGCUACAGCAGUCACACGUUACCCAUUCUCCGUCGCGCCCCAGGAGGAACGUUCGAGCCAGGCUUGGCGGAGCUGGCGUACCGCUUUCCUGGAGGCCAGCCAGACCAUUCCCUGGUUAUCCAGAACCAAGGGGCCGUGGUCGGGCCGAUGGAGUCUGGGGCGGUGUACAUAGCUCCAACGGAUCUCAGCACAGGAAGUCGAACGGGGAGUCGGACGGAAAGCCGCGACGGGACCGCACCCCAGAGCGGGGUGAGCACGUCCGAUGGAGGGACACCGAGAACCAGCGACAGCCACGACAGAGGAGGAGGAACAGGAACCGCAAGCAACUGUACAGAAGGGAGCAGUGAGGACAAAGUUAACCUCAGUCAAAAUGUGGACUGGCCCCGAACUGAAACCACUCGUGCUCGCCUACAUUCCCUCCAGGUGCAGUCGGAGACAUUGCCCAGGGAGCACAACCUUGUCAUGACCCGAUCCGGCUCCCUGAUUGGUCAGGGUCACGGCGUAGGAGGCUGGGUGUGUGACUCGGCUACCCUCCCCAUGGCAGGACGCAGGGCCUCUCGUACCGGCAUGUCCCCCAAACGCACAUGUGGCAGUCUGGCUGAAUCUGACUCUGGUGGAGGAGGAGGAGGAGGAGGAGGGGGGGGGAGUGGAGGAGGAGGUGGAGGUGGAAAUGGAAAUGGGACCACCUCCACUGAUGGACAACAACAACCACCUGCCAGUGGACGCAACUAUGCCACUGUCCUGCAGGGGGAAGUAUCUGGGCAGAGGGACUACGCUGGCACUCUGGGGAGAGGAGGACUGGAGAUGGGAAGCAACUUUGUGGUGGCAAGGCCAGACAGAGAAAGUGGAGGAGUAUCACUGACCGGGACUCCAUCUGUCUACCCAGAAGCACCUGGCUUUAUUGGGGACUGGCGCGAUCGAGUAGGUAUGGGAGGGUAUGUUUUGGGCAGGAGGGAUAUGACCCCUCAGCUUUUGCCCUUCCCCGGGCAGCCUCGGGCAACAUAUGGCAGUGUGAUGGGCUUUGGGGCCAACUGGGUUCCAGGAAUGGAGGCAGCCAGAGGGGGACCAGGGCACGGGGGUCCCUCCUUGGCACUGCGAGUGGGUGAGUUCCUACGUCUGCGCCUUGCCCAGGUCACCUUUGAUCCCUCACAGCCGCCAUACGACUCUGUGCAGGUGUAUGGGCUGGAGGGAACAGGGUCCAGGGCUGGAUCCCUCAGCUCACUGGAGAGCGAAGGGGAGAAGGAUUCAGAGAAGGAGGAUUGGGGGGCAGGGCUGGAAGAGUGGGGUCCCCAAUUCCAGAAAUUAGCCCAGCUCUUCAAAGACAGGGAGAAAGAGAGGGAAGAUAAGGAAAAGGUUGACGAGGGUGCCAAAAAAGAGAAAGAAAUGAAUGAGGAGCCUGAGAAGAAAGUGAAAAAAGAUGGAGUGCGGGCUGGAGAAGAGGGGAAAGAUUGAGGAAGGAUAUAAAUGAAACAAAUAGGGGCAAAAGGGGGUAAGAGAGAGGGGAGGAAAAGAAGGAUGAUGAAAAGGCAACUUGAGUUCGAAUAAUGUGAAGAGAAGUUAAAGGGGAGAAAGAUGAAGAGGCAAAGUAAUAAAAAGAGACAGAGAAAAAUGAGCCUAGGGAGGAUGGAGAAUGCGAGGGCAGGGGAGGGAGUGAUUGAUGUAAUUUAUAGCAAUAAGUGUUGAAACGCUGAUAUGGUUGAGCACAGAUACUGAGACAAUGCAGAGCCUGCUUCUGCUCGGGGCAGCAACAAUUUGUUAAACGCUUUGGACAGAGAAAAACAACUCAAACAUCCAAGACUCGAUUAAAUUCAGCUCUCACGUAUGGAAUGAGAAACAGCAGGAGGCGAGAAGGAAGACGUCUGGUGCGCCGAUCUGAUCCCAGUGUCUGCGUGUUUGUGUGCGAGAAAAGUCAGUGAAAAGUGCGUGAGAACACGUGCGCAACCGAGCGCGUGCCGUACGCGUGCAUAUUUAACAGAGAUGGAGCAAAAGAGAGUGGCAGGGGGAAAUCGAAAUACCCAGAGACAAUUUUUGAGAUGAGACUGAUGACUAAUGCUGCGUAAUGCCGCAACAUUAGCUUUCAGGACGACGAGGCAGGGAAAAACACUUAACAACGAAGUUUAGAAAGUAGGAUAAGACACAGGGGAGGGGGAGAAAGUGAUGUUUGACUAUAAAGGGAAUGGGCGGCAAGGAUGUAUAGAGAGAGAAAUGGUCUUGGAAGUGAGAUGAUUGUACAGAAACUGUUGCUUUUUAUUCCAUCUGCAGUGGCAGAAAAAGUGAAUUAUUCAGCUUGCUACUCCAUUCCAAAUGAAAAUGAUGAAUCAUUUAAAUCCUGCAAAAGAUUCUUCCUCCUCUCAGCCCACGAGGAAAAACAGACAUUGUGAAAAAUUUUAAUGGUUUAGGGAUAUGAUCCCCCCCCCCCUCCCCCGAACCCUCUCAGUUCUUCGCCCCCCCCUCCCAUCCCCCCCAGCUAUUUUGUAGUUGAGUGUUGGUAUGUUUACAAAGAUUCACACACAAACACGCGGCGACACAAAAGAACUGAUUAACACCACAAGGCUUUGAUUGUACUACAGUAAAUUACAUAAUCCAUGAGUAUUCUGAGGACUCUGUUAUUGAUGGCAUAAAUGUGUCUUUUUUAUGAAAGAAGUCUGCUUUUUUCUAAUUUGCCCACCCCACUUCCCCAGUCUCACAUGCAUGAUUUUACAACAACAACAAUAAAAAAAACCCCACAAAAUCAGUUUCCACUCCAAACGCUUGUACGGCCCAAUGGAACAUUUCCACAGAUCUCUAAUGAAAUUGUAGUGAAACACAACCACAGAGACAGGCUUUUUCGUUUUCAUUUUAUUUCUUGUUAAAAGGUCAGGAUGCAAAUGUGCUGGAGAUUUCAGCUGGAAUGCACUUUUAUACUGUGUGAUGUUCAAUAAUAGAUAACGAAUCAUGUCGAAAAUUACAGUUCUUUUAUAAGAUGUCAGCUAAACGAAGAUAUCAUGUUUGACUGUAUGUAAAAAAAAAACAUUUGUAAAUACCACUAAGUAUUACUGCUAAAAGAGAGUAUAUAAAAUUUAAAAUGUGUAAAAAAAAAUAAAAUAAAAAAUGUCUAGAACAGAACUUAGAUGUUGAAAAUGGAGCACUGUUGGGAUUACCUGUAUGUACUGUAGAUUAGAAAUGGAUUAACUGCGCUGGACUGCCUCCUGGACUCAAAACAACACCAUGUAUUCAACAUCUGUGUUUGGGUUUGCUGUGUGCUAGCUCUUUGUCUGAGAUGGACAAGCCAAGGAUUCAAUUAUACAUGUGGCCUCUGGCAGAAGUUUGUUGUGCAAAAUAUUAGUUACAGGAAGCCUGUGAGCUAACCUGUUCCAGUGAAGAUCCAUUUGAUGAAAAUCCAGUGAAGUGAGGAGAAAUCCCCCUAAUGGGUAUACAAAACAAAAUAAAAAAAAGUCAGUGUUCCCUAAAAUCUGAAUUAAUAGCCUGCAAAAGUGGAAUAAUCUAGAAUUUAUAAUAAAUUUUACACUGCCUGAGAGAUGUGGAGGUUUUAUAGAUAGUUGCUUCUCUUGAAAAAUAUGACAAACACUACAUUAAGGAAAAGUGUCUUGUGUGCAUUUCAGGCAAUGCAAUUCAAAUGCCAAAUUACUGAUGCAUUAUGGUCUACAUAAGCAAAUUUUCUUGCGUGAAAGAACAACUUAGCUCUAUAAUGUAUUUAUUGCUACGGUGGCCCUGAGAGGUCAGAUGUGCUGCAACUUAAGGAAACACCAGCAAGUAGAAAAACUCUACAAAAAUUCACAAAUGACAAGAAAAGUAAAAAAAAAACAAAAAAAACCCCCAGAAAAAAACAAGUGUUUUUGGGGCGACAGCAACGUAACGAAACAGCUGCUGAUGAAGUAAGACACGUUUAAAAGAAGCAGAAGAUUCACAUAAUACCGUAGAUUCAGGUUUGCUAGUAGCCGUUUACUGUUAGCUUGUCACAUUAGCUGUUCUGUCAUGACAUUGUCUCCCCAAAAACACUGACAUUGUCUUUUGUGAGUUACGUCUUUUUAUUUUGGAGGUUUUUUUAAUUUCUUAACCUUUCAUAAUGUUUUUUAAAUUUCUGUUUUAUUCACUUCCAUUCUGUUUUGUGUGCUUUUGUGUCAUUUUUCUAUCUGCUUGUGUUUCCUCAAGUUGCAGUGCGUUUGGGCUUUCAGGGCCACCAUAGACUAAGCCUAAAAGUUACUUUAGUCCAGAGAGGAAUAUAGCCACAACUUGAAUGUAUGGACGUCUUUGGCGCACCAUCACAGAAGUGUCAUUGUUUCAUUCUUUGUAAAGUCACACCAGGCUGCCAGCUUCGCUAGUGUCCGCCAGUUUGGUCCACCAUAAUCUUGUUGUCAAGGUCUUCUGCAGCAUUUUGUUAACCGGUCGAGAAGCCGGUGACAUGAAACAAAAUCCAUAUGUGUCUCUCUACCCUUUACCCGAGCCACAGACUUUUCCAUACAGUGCCACUGUGCAGACUGGACAGUGUGGGGACCAAUAUACUGCACAAUGACCAGAGAAGACAGGGAGGGGGGUGCAGAACCUCAGGGAGAGCUGAUUUGGGAUUCAUUUGGAUGAUGAACUGUACCUCCAAAAACUUUCACCUGCUAUUUUAGCAAAACAUAUUUGGACUUUUAGACACUCAGAGGACUGAGUUGUGUUUUUUACAACAUGUCUUCAUUUCUGCUAUAUCAUCAGUAAUAUCUGUUCUUCAGGUAGUAAGUUAGUUUCAAAGACCUAGGAGGUGGAAAGUUUUUGCUAAAAACACUGAACCUUGCCAGUUUCUUCAGUCAUUCACGUCAUUUAUAUUAAUUAAGAGUUAAUGCAUCUGAGAAGCUCUCAAGAGGGCCUCUUGACAAACAUGUUGCAUCAAAAUAACACAGAGAGGCUUCUCUAGUAAUUUGAACUUAAACGUAAAGAAGGCUCACUGUUCUGUUUGUAUUUUGAAAGAUCAAUGUGGGUGAAAGAACUUCGCUUUGUUUAUCGUAUCCUAGCGAGCCGUGUGAACGAAGCACUAAUGUUCUUCUGACUCAUUCUUGGAGGUGACUAAGCAGCUUCAAGUGCAUUACAGUCCUCUGUAAGGUGCAGUAGGAUGGAUCUGAUUUGCAUUUAGCCAAUGAAUACAAAAACACACAUUCCGUUUAUACCCAAAACACCGACUUUAAGUAAUUUGAUUACAUGUAUUCCUUCCAGUGUAAUUUGAUUACAUAAGGAGGAGGGAGUAUAAUGUAAAAUGUUAAAUUUAAUCAAGUCUAGUCAGAUGAAAUCUGCCUGAUUGGCAUAUAUUCAGUUUAUACUAAGCAUAUCUUCCUUAAUAAUUAAUUAUCUGAAUAAGGAAAUACAUAUUCGAUUUUAUAUAUUUCAGUUGCAUUUUACUCAAAAUGAUUGCUUCUUUUAUGAGGUCGAAUCUUUUUGGGUGUAGAAGUGGAAAUGAGAACUGAUUCAAUCAAAAGCACGCAUUCCUUUCCGAUUUGCCUUCAACUAAUCUUCCUAACCUGCUGGUUUUGACUUCGUUGCAUGUUAGGUGAGCACAGUGAGCUGAAAUAAUGGUCAAAAUUACAGUUACAAUUUACAACAGCCAUUUCUAAAACAAACAAAACCAGAGAUAUCCUUUAUUUAUCAUUCGGGCGGAAUAAAAAGUCUUGAAUGAUUAUUUCUCCGGUGCACCUAAAAUGACUUGAACCAGUUUAGGAAUGAGAAUUACUAAAUUAUAUGCGCUGUGUUCUCCCUAGCAUUUAUCUCUAAUGUGCAAACUUUCUGAGCCGCUUUUCCCCAGAACACAUGUAUUAACAGUCGCCAUAUUUUCAGAGCAGUAUCGUUUUAGGCAGACAUUUUAUAAGCAAUUAGCAUGCUAUACCAAUAAGUGACCCUGUGCACCGUUCUAAUUAUAUGGUCUAUUCCUCUGUCUUGAUUGGCUCCAGGUGUCUCAUCUCUGCUGAUUCAAAGCUUUGCUUUGGCUGAUUGGUCAAAAUCAAAGUGAUGAUUCUCCUGAUUUGUCUUAUUUCAGAGUUCUGGAGUGCUGUGCCGACUAAACCACUUGACAGAGCUGAUUAUCCCACCUCCUGAGCCCGGCAAAUUGGUUCAAUCAAAAGCGUGAUUAGUUGAAUCAGUUGUUUUAAAUAGAAUAAAAGCCUGAAGUCUCCACAGCACUGCGUGGCUCUUUUUUUCACUCUUUUAGCCAGCUUAGGUGCACCAACAGAGGAAAGCGGUCCAUUUAUCACAUCUUCCCCUGAAUGAGCCUCGAUACUUAGGACAGUGAAGCUCCACUUAAAGGACGGGCACAGAUACCUUAGUAUCUAGUUAAUGUAUGUAGCUCAAAGAUGCAGAGUAAAGGUCAUGACCUCUGGCCUCUGACUCUAAACAGAUCGACCCUCACUGGUUCUGCACCCACCUUCCCCCCGUGACUUCAUUGCUCCUGCACGAUGUUGAUACAAUUCCACAAUUGCGUGCUGAACAAAGUGUAUUUAUUUCUGUUGUACUUUUUCUUUUUGUAAAUUUGAAUAAAAAAGGAACUAUUUCAAA